UCUGUGUCGCUGCGGGCAGUCACCGGCACAAGCCCGUGUGCGGCCGGGGUGAGGUGGCAGAGCCCAGCGAGACUUUGCCCCGGGUGCCGUGCCCGGGGUGAGGCUCGCCGGGCACCGGAGCCGGCUCUGCCGCCCCGCCCCGGCCGGGGCGGGCCCGGUGUCGGCGGGACCGGGGCGGCUUUAUCAGCCCCGGCCGGGCCGGCAGCGACAGCGGCAGCGACAGCGGCAGGAUGGGGCUGGAGCUGUACCUGGACCUGCUCUCGCAGCCCUGCCGGGCGCUCUACAUCUUCGCCCGCAGCAACAACAUCCCCUUCGAGUUCAAGCGGCUGCAGCUGGCCAAGGGGGAGCACAAGACAGAGGAGUUCCGGAAGGUGAAUGUGCUGAUGAAGGUGCCUGCUCUGAAGGAUGGUUCUUUCACCUUAGCAGAGAGCAUUGCAAUCCUCCUGUACCUGGUGCAGAAGUUCAAGACUCCUGAUCACUGGUACCCCUCCGACCUGCAGAAAAGGGCAAGGGUUGAUGAGUACCUGUCCUGGCAGCAUGUCAACAUCCGUGCAAAGGGGAGCAAGCUCUUCUUAAGCAAGGUGUUUGUGCCUCUCAUCACAGGCCACCCACUUCCUCCAGAGAAACUGGAGUUUAUCACUGAGGACCUGAACGCUGCCCUGAAGCAGUUUGAGGAGAAGUUCCUGCAGGGCAAGCCCUUCAUCGCAGGCAGCGAGGUCUCCCUGGCAGACCUGGUGGCACUGGUGGAGCUCAUGCAGCCCGUGUGUGCUGGCUAUGACCUGUUUGAGGAGAGGCCCAAGCUGGCGGAGUGGCGCAGGCGCGUGGAAGAAGCCGUGGGGAAGCAGCUCUUCCAGGAAGCCCACCAGGACAUCAUGAACGUGAAGAACUUGACUGCUGAUCAGCUCGCACCUGAGCUGAUUGAGAAUUUCAAGCAGCUGCUCCUAAAGAUGAAUUAGAGGGCUAUGCUCUAAUAAAAUGGAUUAUUUUUCUGAA